AAUCAAUGAACACACAAACUGAUGACGAACUACUCAUCGGAAAUAGAAACUGGCAUACAAAGAAUUCCACAAAUAAUUUCAAUCAUUCCAUUUCGAUAUUUUGGGGUUUCGCUUGGUUGUCCAGAGAUACUGAGAUAGAUCCCAACAAUGGCAAAUGUGCUUGAAGAAGAAAGUUUCCAAAAAUUAAGACAAUGGAUCAUUCUCUACAAAGAUGAUGGGGCUUACAAGGUAGUCUCUAAAACUUUUAGCAGAGAAAAAGCAUCAUGUGUGACACAACUUCUGUCAGAUGGACAUGGAAAAGAAAUUUUGUCUGUGAUGGAGCAAUGCAGUUCCUCACCAGCUCUGAUAGACAGAGAGCCUCUAUUAUUUGCUUAUGCUUUAUGCUGCAAAUCAACGGAUAAAAACACAAAGUCCCAAGCAGAAAAGUUAUGUGAUAAAAUAUGUCGGACACCUUGUGAUUUUUUUCAGAUGUUAAAAUUUCACAAGAAUUUCUCCAUAACAAAAAGCUGGGGAAGAUACUUCAAAAGACUCAUUAGUAGCUGGUAUCACAACCAGGACGCAUAUCAACUAGCUCGAAAUGUCAGCAGAGAAGUGAGUUACCUUGGCUGGUCUCACAGAGAUGUUCUUAGGAUGGGUCAUCUGAAACCCAAGAGUGAUGAAAUGGACCUCAUUUUUAAGUACCUAGUCCUUGGCCUUGGUGAAACCAAGAAAUCCUUUGGAAAGUCAGAGAAGGAAAGCAUUCAGAAACUCUUGGAGUUUUUCUCUGCUGUAGACACCGCCAAACACAGUGACGAUGUGCAACAAGUCGCCAAGCUUGUGGAAGAACAUCACUUGAAAAAGGACCACUUGUGUACUAAAUUGCUCAAGCAAAAAGAGAUUUGGACAGCCUUAUUGAAAGACAUGACAAUUCAGGAUACUCUGGACCACAUUGGGCAGCUGGCCAACAUUGGAUAUCUGGAUGAAUCCUUUGAAGGAAGCCAGUUUGUCAUAGACAAGCUUUUGAAUGAAGCUUUGCUGACAGAACAGAAUGUCCAACCAUUUGAGAUAAUCAUUGCCUCUAGCUUCUACAAAGAGGGCAAGAAGAAACCAACAUCAUGGCAGCACAACGAGAAGGUGACCAAAGCCUUGGAAACAGCUCUUGAAUACUCGCUAAAGAAUAACUUGAAAUCGUCAAAUAAACGUUAUGUAGUUGGAAUUUGUGUUGGGGUCAACAAAAACAAAUCAUCAGUACGAGGUACGAUGGCAUUGUCAACGACAACUGCUGCUGCUGGGGUUGCCAUGUUAAUGACUCGGGAGGAGGAGAAGACAGACGUUGUAUUCUUUACGGACACCAUUACACCACUGAAGGUUGCCAAGGAUACCAAACUGACUUACAUCUGUAGUGAGGUGGCUGAACAAGUGAAGAAAGCAGAUGAACAGAAGGAGGAAAAUCAACCCAAACCAGAGGUGGAUGAUGAUGAGGAGGAACAGGACAUAUUUUAUGGGGUACUUCCAGACCCAUGUGACCUGGUUGCUCCCAUUCAGUGGGCUACUGACCAAAAGAAAGAUGUGGAUGUCUUCAUUAUAGUCACUGAUGCCAAUAGAAGUACUGGCUCUAGAAAUUUAGGAGAAGCCAUUGCACAGUAUAGAAAGGACCGAAAUCUGCCAAACACAAAACUAGUCACUGUUGGUUUAACAAAUUCCAACAUGAAAUUUGCAAAUCUUGAGGAUGAAAACAUGCUGGAUGUUUCAGGAUUUGAUGCCAGAGUCCCAAAGGUGAUCCGAACGUUUGUAUCAGGGGAAUAUUGAAUAGAACCAGCUAGUUACUGAGAAACUAGUCUUCUGCCAUAUUGUUUCUACUUUGAACAGUCUAUAAUGAAUUUACAAAAGUGAUGUAUGGAUUCAAUUUGAUGAUAUCAAGUUCUCAAAUAUAGUGAAAGAAAUUUGAUUGAAACAUGACUUGAACUUGGUGAAUUGGUAAAUAGAAUAUGGUAGCUCUCUUGCCAGUUAAAAAAGUGGAAGGAUGAAAUUCUAAGAGAAACACACAAUUACCAGUAUUUUCCCAAGUGAAGACAUUUAUGAGAAAGUGCUUCAGAUAUUAAGGUGCAUAAAUCCUACAAUACUCAUUAAAAAUUGCCUUUGUGUUAAUGUUAUAAAAAUGAUUAUUAAAAAAUCACAGUUUCAGUUUUGAGGUACAAAACUUAAUAGCAUUUGCACUUCAAUUUUAUACGGGGAAAAAUAGAAAUUCCAGUGAGAGUUAUUUUUCUUAGAGAGGGUCAGUGUACCUUAAAUAUUGUGCAAUACAUUUACAUGUACAGCUAUACAGCUGGUUUGUACUGUAUGCAUGUAUACCUUUUUUCCUUCUUAUUGUACUUUCAUAUGUUGUUGCUGUGGUUUACGCUCCUUUGUGGGGAAAAAAAUUGCUUUUUUAAGCUUUUACAACAUAAUUAAUGUUGAACCUUUGAGUCAAGCAGUAGUUUAAUGUGCAAUUAUUGUUUGCUAAAUGGGGAUGUACAACUCAGAUUUUGCCAUCAAAUCUACUGGUAAAUGAACACUUUUUCAACCCCUCUAUUUGGUUGCCUCUUGGCUAGGUUAACUCUAUAAUUUAUAAAUUGUACCUUUUAAAUUUAUAGUUAUAUAAGUACUACAUGUAGUGUAUAUUAAACACAACCAUUAAGAUGAAUUAUUCAUAAUAUAAUAAAAUAUACAUAGGAGGUUGUGGAAUAAGUACUAUCUAUGUAAUUGGUACUUUGCAUGCAUUAGUACAGUAAUCUAGUGGUACUUUAAGAAUUACAAUAGGUAAUGGCCAAUAAGAUCAUAGAUGUAAUACUCUAUUAAUAAUAUUGAUGAACAAGUAAAUAUGAGGUGUAGUGAAACUUGCCAAUUAUUAUUUUUAUAGUUACAAUGAGUUGAUGGCAAUAAGAACUAAAAUUAAGAUUUCCUGAUAGUUCCCGUUGAAAAUGUAUAUUAAUAAAUUUCAUGUCUUGAAAUAAUGUCAACAUCUUAAACAAUGGUUUCUUUCUUUUCAAAUUGGAUCCUGGAAAAAAUUACUUUGGAAUUAAAAUGUUUAAAAUUUAAUUUUACCACACUUUUUGAAGGUAAUGCAAUACAGUUAUACCUUUUCCUGAAGUUUUUUCAAAUCAUGUUUUCAGUUUUAAUUUUUAAGUGCAGUUUUAUAACUUCAGUGAAAUAUGUCUCUGCUGAUGAGAAUCAUUUUAAUUUUAUUUUCUGAGUUGUUAUUUAACACGUAAGUGAUUUACUCCAUAUGGUCAUUUUAUUUAGUGUCUCAAAAUUCGAUCUUUAUGCAAGAUAUACUAGAGUUUCCCUGCAUUUAGAGAAUACAGUAGUGUACAUUGAUUAUAUACUCUCUUAGUACUGUGCAUGUAAGAAGCCAUGGAUUUACCUCAUUUUUUACUUUUAUACAGAUGUUCCAAUUUUUUAUGAAAAUUGUUUUAAUUAGGUAGUAUAACAUACUUAUAAUAACCAUGUAUAUACUGUAAUUAUUAGUUAUACAUGUAUAAGUAUUUCUUAAAGAAAAUUUUCUAAGUGCUGAGAAAGGUAUUAAAUAGCAUGUUAUCUUUGCAAUAGACAAGAAUGAAAAUGAUAUUGUGUAAUUUCGUUGUGACAAAAUCUCCCUCCAUGAAAAGUAAAUGAAUCUAUUGAAAACCUUCCCUCUCAAAAUGUGCUAAGACAUUGUCUACUUGUAUCCAUAUAUAUAACUUUUGCACCAAGCAAUUAAUUUGUCUUUCAAACAUGUACAUCAGUUUUUGCUUUUUAUUAUUGAUAAAAAGUUACUUGUUGAUUUAUUAUUAAUUUCCAUUUUGAAUAAAGCUUCUUGUCAGCUCUGAA